AUGUCUACCCUGCUUGAAUAUCUUUCUGUCGCUGACCCCAGUUUGGAUAGAACCAAUGUCAAAACAGGAUCUAAUUCGUUUAAUAGAGACUGGGAAGAUUUGGAGGGCAUUGAGGAAUGGACAGAUUUUAUUUAUGACAACUUAAUUGCUAUGCUCGGUGAUGUCCUCGCUCGGCCAUACCAGCAACAUGAAUUUGAUCCUCCGGCACCAGUUCAACGCUCUGCUUGUUGUAUCAUCAAUGAACCAACUGUUACUGCCGUCCUCUUGAAAUGGAAUCAUACUAUUGUUGACUGCGCUCUGGAGCUAGCAUCCAAGGCAUCAGCUACCAUGCCGGCGAUAUCGUGGACUUUGGGCAAUCACACCGGCCUUUGUGGCGAGACUGUUCUGCCGGACUGGGCUGGAAUUUAUUCUAACAUGCCUUUUCCCCCCAGCAAUCGGGUUCCGGGUGAUACCAAAGUGUCUGGGAAGUGGAACACGGAUCAGCAACACGACCCGCUCCACUCAAAAAGAGACGAGUUUCAUAAACCACUCCGUCAAGUGGUUCAUUACGCGAAACUGUUCAACACAAGAUACGCAUAUGUCAUAUCAGACAAAGAAUUAGUGUGCAUCAGAAGAACAGUAUCGGAAUAUGAAGGGGUUCCACUGGCUGCUGGCCGCACAGCGCGUAUCAGUCAGCCUUCUGCCACUCCAAGCAGACGACUGGAUCGGCUUCCACAAGACCCCACAACACCUUCACCUAGAACAGAUUCAAGUCCGCCGUUCCGGGUGGUGAUUCCACAUGCGCAGUCUCAGCGGAGGGACGAACAAUAUCUUACCCCAGAGCGUAGAACCAGAGUUAGACAAGACAGUGUUGUUUCUACCCGCUCUGCAUUGUCAAAUAUGUCACUUGAUUCUCCCAAUUUGCUGCUGUCAUCACCAAGCAUUAUAAGAUCCCCCCCUUCUGCCUAUACUGAUGGUGGAAACCUGGAUGUGAAUGAAGGCAAUGUCCAAAUAGCUGUGAUCCCGUGGGGUGAAAGCAGACCAAAUCACCUAACUGUCAACCUUGCGCUCUUCUGGCUUCACAUCUUGGCAGGUUGUGAUAUUAACUUGCAACCAUCAUAUCCUCCCCUUGGAAAGAACCUGGCUGUGACCUAUGGUAUGCAUUCCUGCGACAGUUUUCUUCGCCCGCCAUUACUGAUCAUUUCCUCACAGGACUUUGCACUUGAGUACUUCUUGUGGAAGUAA